GCAAACCCACCUGCGCCACCACUUCGCCACCACCGCUUCCCCCGAUGCCGUCGUCGACGAUCCGGAGCAUCUCCAUCACAGUAUCUGACGACGACGGCGCCGCGGCGCCCCGGCGUACCCGCGCCGGUCGACGGAAGGUGGCGCGCAGCUUGGGGCAGCGCGCCGUGCGGCUCGUGGCCCGGUGGUGGCCUAUCCUCCUGCUCCUCCCGGCCGUCGCGCUGCUACUCUUCGAGGCCUCCCGGCUCCGUGCCUCUCCGAGCCCCGCCCCGCCAGUAUCGAGCAGCCUUGGCCGCCUAGACCCGACCACGCGCCUCGUCCAUGGCGUGCGCGAGCCGUGCCUGAAGGUUCUUAGCCCGAAGAGUAUAGAAAAUUUGGUAUUUCAUGAAGGCUCGGGACUUGAUGCUGUGGUCAAGAGGAUUAUAUACAAAACUGACGAUGACGACUAUGACUCACACCACUCUGAGGCAAACUCUACCUAUUUACUGCAGCACGCAGAAGCUACCAGAUUCAAUUUGUUUACAGGAUUCCAAACAGUUCCUGAAAGAGAAGAGAGCUUCAAGGUGAAUGAGACUGUUAGUGUGCACUGUGGUUUCUAUAGUGACAAUGGCGGUUUCAAAAUUUCGGAUGAUGAUGUCAGAUACAUGAGAACCUGUAAAGUUGUUGUGUCUACCUGCGCAUUCGGUGGCGGGGAUGAUCUAUAUCAACCUAUUGGAAUGGUCAAUUCUUCUAUUGGAAAGGUCUGCUAUGUGGCUUUCUGGGAUGCGGUCACACUAUCAACUCAAGAAGCUGAAGGAAAAUUAACUGGCGACAAUGAAAUGAUAGGAAGGUGGCGUAUCAUUGUUGUCAAGAAUCUCCCCUUUGUGGAUCAACGUUUAAAUGGGAAAAUACCGAAGAUGUUGACUCACCGACUUUUCCCAGAAGCAAGUUACUCUAUAUGGGUAGACUCUAAAUACCAGUUCAGAAGAGAUCCAAUAGGAGUGCUUGAAGCACUUCUUUGGAGGACAAACUCUACCUUUGCUAUUUCUGAACAUGGAGCACGGACUAACAUUUAUGAUGAGGGGAAAGCGAUUGUUCAAAAGCACAAGGCUACUCCUGAAGAAGUAGAGGUUCAGCUAACUCAAUAUCGUCAAGACGGCAUGCCAGAUGAAAAAAGACUACAUGGAUUAAAAGCUUUGGCUGAAGCUUCUAUCAUUGUGAGGGAGCUGACCCCAUUGACGAAUCAUUUCAUGUGUGCUUGGUUCAAUGAAGUUGUUCGUUUCACAUCUCGGGAUCAACUCAGUUUUCCGUAUGUACUAUGGCGUCUAAACAUGCCAGGAAUCAACAUGUUUCCUGUGUGCACUCGAAGGGACCUUGUGAACAGUUUGGGUCACACAAGGAAAGUAAAACCUCUUACACAGACGAAUUCAGAUUCUUCCACGGCAUGACCUUUCUUCUUGUUCAUUUGCGGACAGUCAACUAACCGGUGGUUUACGUGGUUCUAGGCUUCCACUUGUCUUGAUCCACAGUUUUGUUGUAAAUUAUUCUUUUGAUUUUCUUCCUCGAGAAACAUCAUGACUUGGUUGUACAAGGACUUGCACCUGUUACACGUCAAAAGCUGUUGCUUUUCUGUAUGUUGACAUUAUUACCUGUACAAAUCACGUUUUCUUUUGGUUGGAAGGAGCACUAUUCUGGUUCCAUUUUACAAGUA